AGAGUCAGUCUAGAAGACUAUUUCCUAGUGUUAACAUCGUGGUAAUAUAAUAAAAGUACUUCCCCUUUGCGGCGGCGAUAGAUACAAAGAAUCAUUAUGAGUCCGAAACCUAUUUCACCAGUAAACCAAUAUGAAGAAUCACAAAAUUUAAGUCCCAAGGUGACUUCCCUUAAGGAUAAUCUCAUUACCAAGGUGUCCGAUGUUCUGCCUUCAGGAGGGAAUAAAAUCACCAUUGUUGGAGUAGGUCAAGUGGGUAUGGCUUGUGCCUUUAGUAUUCUUGCCCAGAAUGUCUCCAACGAAAUUUGCCUCAUUGAUGUGUGUGAAGACAAGUUGAUGGGUGAAAUGAUGGAUUUACAACAUGGAUCCAACUUCUUAAAGAACCCCAAGAUCACAGCUAGCACUGAUUAUGCUGCUUCCGCUGGUUCACGUUUGUGCAUUGUUACAGCUGGAGUGCGUCAAAAGGAGGGUGAAACCCGCCUGUCUUUAGUCCAACGUAAUACUGACAUUUUGAAACAAAUAAUUCCCAAGUUGGUGGCAAACAGUCCCGACGCCAUGUUGCUAAUGGUCUCUAACCCAGUGGAUAUUAUGACUUACGUCGCAUGGAAGCUAUCUGGACUACCAAAGAAUCGAGUUAUUGGGAGUGGAACUAACUUGGACUCGUCGCGUUUUCAUUUCUUGAUGUCGCAACGUUUGAAUGUUGCCCCAACAUCCUGCCACGGUUGGAUUAUCGGUGAACAUGGUGACAGCAGUGUUCCAGUAUGGUCUGGGGUUAACAUUGCUGGUGUUCGCUUGAGGGAGUUGAACCCAAGCAUUGGAACAGCUGAGGAUCCAGAGAAAUGGAAUGAAUUACAUAAACAAGUUGUAGACAGUGCGUAUGAAGUCAUCAAGCUAAAGGGUUACACCUCAUGGGCCAUUGGUUUGAGCGUUGCUUCGCUUACAUCCGCCAUUUUGAAGAAUUACAGCAGUAUUGUUGCUGUUUCUACUUCUGUUAUGGGUGAGCACGGUAUUGACAAAGAUGUCUUCCUUUCCUUGCCAUGUGUCCUCAACUCAAAUGGUGUGACAUCAAUUGUUAAACAAAUUUUGACUCCAACUGAAAUUGAACAACUUCAAAAAUCAGCCAAUUUGAUGGAUCAAGUUCAAGCUGGACUUAAAUUUUAAGUCAAAUUUAUUUUAAGAGAUACCUACUCUUUUUUAUAUAAGCAAAGAAUUUAAUUUUUAUUUAUAUUUUUAAAAUUAAUUGUGACAAAUUUUAAUGUUUAGUUUAUAAUUUUUUCCUCAAGAAAAAAAAGAAAGUGAAACCAAAUAUAAUUUUUUUAAUUUAAAUACUUGA